UAGCAACUGUUUUAAAAGUGUUUAACAAAUAACAAAGAUUUUCUCGAUUUAAAAAAAUGGUUAAGUACGGCUCUUCUCACCGUUAUUCUCUCAAAAACCUGGAAGGAAGCGAAAUUAUUAAAGCCAAGGCUUCUAACCUUACAGUGAAAUUUAAGAACCUCGUAGCAGUUGCCCGAGCUAUACGUAAAAUGCCUUUGAAAAGGGCGAAUGCUUACUUGAAAAACGUACUCGCCCAUAAAGAAUGCGUACCCUUUACGAAAUUCAAAAGCGGCGUCGGAAAAUGCGCUCAGGCCAAACAGUUUAAAACCACAAUCGGUCGCUGGGUAGAAAAAGCUGUGAAAUGUGUUCAGGGCCUCUUAAGGAACGCCAUCGCUAAUUGCGAAUUCUACGGAAAGGACCCGGAGGAUUUCUUCAUUUUACACAUUCAAGCGAGUCAAGCACCGAUACUGACCCGGAGGACCUACAGGGCGCACGGUAGGAUUAAUGCUUAUAACCGCCACACCAGCCAUAUUCAAGUCAUUCUUAAAGAUUCAACCCUGAAUAAAUAAAUUC